AUGGAAGAAUAACAGCAAAUUGAAAAUACUAUAAUAGAAGAAAGGUAUAAGAAGGCUGAUGGAGAGACUGCAUAUCGUAGAUACCAGAAAGGAAAGGUGUUAGGCAAGGGUGGCUUUGCUAAAUGCUAUGAAGUAACUUCUAUAGAAAGCAAGAAAGUAUUGGCUGCCAAGAUUAUUGCCAAAAGCACUUUAAAGAAGGGGAGAACAAAGGCAAAGUUAAUUACUGAGAUUAAGCUUCAUAAAUCGCUUCACCAUUAGAAUAUUGUGUAAUUUGAAGAUGUAUUCGAGGACAAUGAUAAUGUAUACAUUCUUUUAGAACUGUGUUAAAAUCAAACUCUGAAUGAGUUGUUAAAAAGAAGGAGGAGAAUCACUCAAAUAGAAGUGCAAUGCUACUUGAAAUAAUUGAUAGGGGCAUUGAAAUAUAUUCAUUCUCAUAGAGUGCUUCAUCGAGAUCUGAAGUUAGGGAAUCUAUUUAUCAAUGAUAAGAUGGAAUUGAAACUGGGAGAUUUUGGUUUGGCUACCAAAUUAGAUUAUGACGGAUAGAGAAGACAUACUAUAUGCGGGACACCAAAUUACAUAGCACCUGAGAUAUUGGAUGAAAGAUUGGGACAUUCAUACCAAGCAGACAUCUGGUCAGUUGGUGUUAUUAUCUAUACACUGUUAAUAGGGAAACCCCCUUUUGAGACAUCAGAUGUUAAGACUACCUAUAAUAAAAUAUCUCAAUGUCAAUUCAAUUUUCCAGAUCAUAUUUAGAUAUCUGAAAAUGCUAGGAAUUUAAUCUCCAGAAUACUCAUUCUGGAUCCCUCAAAAAGACUAACUUUGGAUGAAAUUCUUGCUCAUCCAUUUAUGACUUCAAAUCCAAUUCCUAAAACUACUCAUAUUUCGCAACUGCUUAGUCCACCAACUGCAGCAUGGUUGUCUUAAUACUCAUAGGCUUCUAUGCUCAACUCUAAGCAAUUACAGCCUGAGUUAGUUUCAGUCAAAUCCACCUCCUAAAUUCCCAAGAUGAAUAACCUAUUUUCGACUCAAUUAAAAAUGUCUCAAGCUGAACGCAUUAAGACCUUGACUGAAGGGAUUAACUACUUGAGUGAAAAACAAUAGACCAAGACACAGUAAGAACAAAUUUUGGAGAACAAUGAGUAACAGGAGUUAAGUAAAGAGAAUGAUGUAGUAUAUGUUAUCAAGUGUUGUGAUUAUCAAAGUAAAUAUGGUAUUGGCUAUGUACUAUCCAAUCAUCAUUCUGGUGUUCUAUUUAAUGAUUCCACCAAAAUUAUCUAAUGCAAUAGGUUAGAAUUCAAUUAUUUCGAUUCGUGUAAUCAGAAGUCAAGUCAUGAAUUUGAAAAUUAUCCACAAGAAUUAAACAAAAAAGUCACUUUGCUCUAAAAAUUUACUCAAUAUUUAGGUGUUGAUGAGAAUAAUACGGUUUCCAAUUCACAAAUCUCAACUAUUUUCGUUGAUAAAUUCCUUAAAACAAGAAAUGCUCUUCUUCUGAAACUUUCUAAUGGGGUGAUCCAGGCUGAUUUUAUCGAUAAAACUGUCAUUGUCAUAUCACCUAAUGAAAACAUUCUUUUCGUCAAUGAGAAAGGUGACAAAUUUAGUUAUAAUUUGGAAUAAAUUAAGGACAAGGACAAAAUUCAAAGAAGGUACAAUUAUGUAUAGCAAUUAAGAGGUGAUUGUUAAUGA